UAAACGUAGUAGGUUUAUGGACAGAAGAUGAACGGAGGAUGUUUGUUGGUUGUUUUUCUGUGCUUUUACAAUGCAGAGGGGUGGAUAUCUGACACCAGACGGAAUAACCUGGGGGUAUCUACUGGAAGGGAAAUUAAAGGGGGCUUAAUGUCAAAUUUUGAACUGAAGCUGAAGAGCACAGAAGAAAUAAAUGGAGGCACUGUGACUAGAUUCGAAGUCAAGAUCAAUGACAGAGCAACAAAGAAGACGGAGGCAACAGAAGAUUUCAAACUAAAUUUGAAGGACGGCAAAGAGGAGAAGAAAAGACCAAAGUCCGAUUUCAGAUUGGAUUCAAAUGACAAUAAUGUAAAAGAGAAAGGAACAGUGGGCGAUUUCAAACUAGACUUUGACGAUAAAGAUUAUAAAAAUGAAAAACAAGAUCACCAAGCCCCCACAAACACCGCCCAGUCUGCCCCUCGGCCGGGGACAGAGGAACAGAAAUGUAUGGUAAUCGUCAGGAGGACCUUUCUGGAGAAAGAGAUGGUCAUUUAUCCAUGCUUUCGACCCAUCAGAGGAGUUACCCCUGUCUCAGCCCAUCAAAGUUCACUAGGUAUGGUAUGUAGGGGCUACACCACUAUUCCCAGCACCAAGUACCUCCGGAUGUCCAUUUGUUGUCCGGGGUGGUACUCUGACCAGCAGGGACGCUGUACAAUGAAAGUAGACGACAGAGGCCGAGAGUCAAAGAUGCCAAGGUUGAGCGCACCUGUUAAAGAAGAUAAACCAAAGAACCUUAACUCUCUACCUAAAUACCCAGCAUCUUACGACAACCAUAGAUAUGGUCCAAUGAUGCGGACACAGCCUCCUGCAGACAGGUGGACACCAAACAAUAUGGCAAUGCGCAGAAUCCAAAGGAUGAUGGAGCAGAGAUUAAGGUUGAUUGAAAUGAUUGAAAGAAAGAUGAAGGAACGCGAACAAUCUAUAUCUACCGUCCCCCCAGUUCCUCAAUCUCCAGUGGGAAAACUUUUCCCUACCGUAAGAAAAUUUAUAACAGUGAGCAAGUCUUUCAUCCCUGCCCGAAAAGGUAUGUCUCCAUCCCAACAGACCAAGAUAUCACAAGUACCCAUCCGACAACAGACUGCCCAACAGGUACCCAGAAUUCCAAAGCCACAACAACAAAAACCACAACUCAUUAUCUCACAGAAAAAGACCUUUGUACAGGUUCCACGACAGUCAACCCCACAAUUCUCCCCUGUCAGACAGUCCACACGUGUCCAUCUCAACAUGCCCAACCCUUUCCCACAAAUCCCUCAACGUCCACCAAUGGAACAGCGACAAAUGCCUCAAAUUCCUCGCGCACCAGAUCGACGCUUCCAGAUGAUGCCAGGAAAUGUUCCAAUGAACAGACACAUGUCGCAACAUCACUCACAAUUUCCACGGAUCCCACCCCAUCCCAUGUCUCAGCUUCUCCAGCGUAUGGGUCAAGACAGGGUGUUCCUCCCAAGGGUUCCAGUGCAGAUGCCACCAGUUCAGGUACAACCAGGACCCAACAUUGGUUUUCCCGCACCUCCUCCCUGUUUCGCUGCCUACCUUGACGUUGUUCAAUCUUGUUUCAAGGAGUCGGGUGUUGAAAUGCCUCCAGAUCAUGGCAUUCUUAAUGGAGACUAUAACUACAGGGGCGUCUGUCAGGAGAAGAUUGCUAUUGCUGAUUGUAUAAAACGUUCUGUUCACCCAUGUUCCACCCUCCAGGAACACAUGUUAAUCCGAACCACAAUGGUCAACACACUCUCUGAAAUUGACAGGAUCUGUCGUAUCGACAAUAUUAGAGGUAUUGAGCACCGUAUGACAGCUGGAGACGAUAUCACUCCACCACCGACACAGCUUCCACAGGACAACAUACAUAUGCACGGUGACGUAGUCCACAGUCAUCCACAUGAUCAUCCACACGAUCAUUCACACGAUCAUCCACAUGAUCACGAACACCUUCCAUUGGACACUCCACUGGACACCCCACUCCAAGAGAACACAGUUCAGGUGGAACCAGCCACAGAACCCUCAACAGACGGAAUCCAAUUCCUUGGACCUUCAGAUCAAAUCAAGCCCGAUCCUGUAAUAGAAGACAAACAAGACAUUGCAACUGAAAUAAAGAAGGAAAUCAAACCUGAGAUAAAACAAGCCAUCAAUGAGGCGAAGAAAGACGAAAGUGUCAUGGUGGAACUCACUAAGAUGAUCGAGAACAACGUAGAUCGACAUGGGCAUGCUCAUCCUCAUAUACAGCACACUCAUGACGACAUUACACAUGAGUAUUAUCUUCCUAUCCUUAUUGGUACAGCCAUCGGCGUUGCUGCCAUCUUCCUUCUUCUACUGGCCAUUCUCUGUGUAUGUUGCCGACGAAGAAUCAAGAAGAAAAUUUAUGUUGAAAAAGAACCCGAAAAACCAAAGUUGUUUGAGGGAAUCUACACUAUCGGAGUGCCUCCUCCAGUUUAUGAAGUGAACGGUAUUCCUCCAUUGUCGUAUGAAGAAGUCAGAGGGGUCAAAAUUACGGGUUCACCGUCUUCUGUAAGACGUCAUAAUGACGCAAAUGACGAGGUCGAGUACAGCUCGCGCCGUGGAGUCGUGUCAGACAUUUAAGUGAAAACGAGGCUAGUAGUUAUAACGAACAGUGCUAUUUCUUCAACCUUCCCAAAGUUUUCGUUUUACUGAUAGAGCAAGAUUUCUUGUAAUAAUGCAAUCUCGUGAUAGAAUCUCGUCCAUUCUCGUGUGUCAAAUAAGAAGUAACUUCAUGUAUAUGCAAUGUAUUUGGUUGAAUAAAAUUCAAUAUUAACUUUA